CACGUGAAGCCAGUGAUGGCCUGAUAGCUAUAUAUACACUACAUACGUGCCCUUCCAAGCUACUAACAUCCUUCAUUAAGCUCCCAUCACAGAUACUAGACAAAAGGUGCAAGCUAAUAUCCUUCAAGCCCCCAUCAAAGACAUUAGACAGAAGGUGCAAGCUAAUAUCCUUCAAGCUCGCACCACAGCUAUAUCAGAUAUCAUAGAAGCCAUUUAAUUGCCACUAUUUGUGCUAAUCGCCAUUAAUUUGCCAUUUGUCACGACAGAUAUACUGCCUGCAUACGUACUCUCACUCUCCAAGUCUCCAUAUAUUACUUCCUUAAGAGAAUCAUAUAUACACCAAUGCCUUCUCUCCCAGAUGCUGCGCCUGCGCCAUCCGUGACGCCGGCGGAUCCCACGGCGGACGCCAUGAGCGCCGCCACCCUACUCCACCUAAUCGGCGCCACAGAAGCUACCUCAUCAGACUCCAAGAUCUCAUGGCUCCGUUCCCAGCUAAUCGGCAAGGACGCCGAGUUCUACACCCCCUUCGGCCGGCGCCUCCUAACAUACGCCGACCAGACGGCCUCAGGCCGCAGCCUCCAUUACAUCGAGGACUACAUCCUCAACGAAGUGCUCCCGUUCUACGGGAACACGCACACGGAGGACAGCCACGUGGGGGGCAAGACGACGCGCCUGGUCCACAAGGCAGCCCGCUACGUCAAGCGCUGCACGGGCGCGGGGCCCGGGGACGCGCUCAUCUUCUCCGGCGCCGGCGCCACCGCGGCCAUCAAGCGCCUCCAGGAGCUCAUCGGCGUGUCCCCGCCCUGCGGCGCCGGGACGCGCGAGAGGGUUAAGGCCGGGAUGCGGGAAGAAGAGCGGUGGGUGGUCUUUGUUGGGCCCUAUGAGCACCACUCGAAUUUGCUGUCGUGGCGGCAGAGCCUGGCGGAGGUUGUGGAGAUCGGCGUCGAUGAAGAUGGGCUCGUCGAUGUCGGCGCGCUCAGGCGGGCCUUGGGCUCGCCGGAGUAUGCCAACCGGCCCAUGCUUGGGUCUUUCUCGGCGUGUAGUAAUGUUACUGGGAUCUUGACGGACACCCGGGAGCUUGCCCGGGUUUUGCAUCAGCAUGGCGCGUUUGCCUGCUUCGACUUCGCUGCCAGCGGUCCGUACGUGAAGAUCGACAUGAAAUCCGGCGAAAUCGACGGCUACGACGCCGUCUUCUUGAGCCCUCACAAGUUCGUCGGCGGCCCAGGCACGCCAGGCAUCCUCCUGAUGAACAAAUCUCUCUACAGACUCAAUGCUCAGCCCCCCUCCACCUGCGGAGGCGGCACCGUGGCCUAUGUCAAUGGCUUCAACGAGGAGGACACAUUGUACUACGAGGACAUCGAGGAGCGGGAGGAUGCCGGCACACCGCCAAUAAUCCAAAAAAUCCGUGCAUCUCUUGCAUUUUGGGUCAAGGAGUACAUUGGUUAUGACACGAUGGGGCUCCGGGAGCGAGUCUACUCUGAAAUGGCGAUGAAAAGGCUUCUCCAGAACCCAAAUGUCAAGGUGCUGGGGAACACAAGCGUUCACCGUCUGCCAAUCUUCUCAUUCCUGAUCUACCCAUCACUGACGGAUAAACUAUCUGGUCAGCCCGUUUCUGAUACGCUGUUGGAGAAUGCCAGGCGCAAGCAAUUGCCUCUCCAUGGCCGUUUUGUGACCAGGCUUCUGAACGAUCUUUUCGGCAUCCAAGCCAGGGGAGGCUGUGCUUGCGCAGGGCCAUAUGGCCAUAUCCUGCUCAAUGUCGACAACGAGCUCUCCCUUCAUAUUCGAUCCGCUAUUCUUAAGGGGUAUAGUGGGCUGAAGCCAGGAUGGACCAGGCUGAGCUUCUCUUACUACCUCUCAAAGGAGGAGUUCAGGUUCAUCCUCUCUGCCAUCGAGUUCGUAGCGGCCUAUGGCCAUCGAUUCCUCCCAUUGUACAGGUUCGACUGGAUCAGCGGCAGCUGGACCUUCAGGAAGCAGGCAGUCAAGUACCACAUCAUGAUGGAGGAACUGUCCCUUGGCACAGAGGUAUCCAAGCUUCAGAAUGACCAGCAGGCCAAGGUUGCAGAUAAGCUGGACAUGAAGACCGAGGCUGGUCAUAGCAAGUUUGAGAGAUACUUGGAGAGUGCCAAGAAAAUAGCACUCUCCUUGCCGGAUGUUAGUAAUCAGAUCGUCAGCAUUCCAAAAGGAGUUGACCCUGACUUGGUUCUUUUCCAUGUGUAGAAAUUUAAUUAGAUAAGUACAUAUAUAUACUCUGUGACUACAGCUUGGUAGAGCAGCUUGCCAAUUGCAAUCGUAGGUAGGUAUUGUAACAGCUAGAAUGUUACUCCAAUUUUUUGAAAUUCAAUCCCUCUGUAAAGAAAAUUGAUGUUAAUUCUCUAGUUUCCAUACCAGCUAGCACAGUUUUCUGUACUCC